GGUGACGAGGCCUGGGUGAUGGCUCAGACUCUGCAGCUGGAGAUUCCCAACUUUGGGAACACGGUGCUGGAGUGCCUGAACGAGCAGAGGCUGCAGGGCCUGUACUGCGACACCUCCAUCGUGGUGAAGGGCCAGACCUUUAAGGCCCACCGUGCUGUGCUGGCAGCCAACAGCUCCUACUUCCGGGACCUGUUCACGGGGAGCGCCCGGGCCGCAUUCGAGCUGCCGGCGGCCGUGCAGCCUCAGAGCUUCCAGAACAUUCUCAACUUCUGCUACACGGGGAGGCUGUGCAUGAAGGCGGGAGAGCAGUUCAUGCUGAUGUACACGGCCGGCUUCCUGCAGAUACAGCGCAUCGUAGAGCGUGGCACCGAGCUACUGUCCAAGGUCAGCUCGCCGAGGUGUGACUCGCAGGGCCUGAGUGUCGAGGAGCCCGCCUGGGAACCCCCCAGCCCUGCGGCUGCCCCUCACCCUCUCCCCCUGCCCCUCGCCUCCCGCGUCAAGGUGGAGCAGAGCGAGGGGGCAGGGCCAGGAGCUGGGGCAGCCCGAGGCCGCCGGGCCGGAGAGGGACCCUCGGGGGGCAGCGCCAAGUCGGCCCGUCUCUCCCACGAGGGACCGGCCUACCCCGCCGGCCUGCCCCGCGAUCUCUCCAGCCCUGGAGCCAGCAGCGUCCACCCCAGCGACAGCCCCUUCUCCUGCCAGAACGACGAGGACGACGAGGAGGCGGACGAGGAGGCAGCGGCAGCGGAGGAGGAAGGGCUGGAGGACAUGACCGAGGAGCAGUACGUCCAGAUGUGCAGCAUGUACAACAUCAUGAGCGUCCCCCACGUCGCCCAACAGGAGAGGGUGGAGGCACUGCCUGACCACGUGGACGGCCGAUCGAGGAUGAGGAUUCGCCACGACCUGGCAGUGCUGCCGGCCGAUCUCAUUAACCAGAUCGGCCAUCGCUGCCACCCCAAGCUGUACGUGGAGGGAGACCCAACCGAGAAAUUCGAGCUGGUGACAGGUAGGCAGCAAACCAUCAGCCUGUCACCGGUACACACCGUGUUAAACUGUGCUGACCCGGGGUGGACCGAGUCAAUCCGCACUGACCUGGGGUGACUAGAUUAAACUGGACUGACCAAAGUGAGCCAGGUUACAUUAUAGUAUCUGCUUGUUGUGUUGCCAAUGGCCUUGUGGU